AAAUAAAAAUAAAAAUAUUAAAAAUAAAUUAAAAAUUAACACGAGACAUGGACCGAAUCCAGCAUGUCUGCUCAUAUGGUCUAGGUGCACUAUUACACGCUGUAGAAGCCAUAUAUAUCACACCCUAUGUAGUGCACUUCUCCAAGCUGUUUGUAAUGGCGCCGUUGUUCUUUGACACAAUGACGUCAACGUUCUCCCAGACAAUUUCCUCUUCCUGUUUCUCCACAGAAGCAACCAAAAGCAAACAGCGUUAUUGAUUUAGAGAGAUAUGGACAUGGAUGAAUCAGUGUCAUCACCCUGCAGGAUCAAUACCCCAUUAGAGCAGCAGGAAUGAACAUGUGGGCUGGGCAUGAUGGUUUGGCCAACAUUCAUAUUGCACUAAGAACAAAAUGGCAGAAGAGACAGGACUGGUGGAUGAGAAGAAGCUGACAGAGCCUUGUGUGAAACCCAACACUGUGGUGAAUAGCCCCUCAGAAAGUUCAGUCUCAGGAUCAAGAGGCACUGAGAAUAUCUCUGGAGAACACACAGCUGCUGGAUGUCAGAUUAUGGGUGCCUCCUUCCAGCCAAGCAGGGGAACCGCUGAGGUAUUAAAAGCUCAGAAAGAGCCACCUAAACGAGAUGAUAGCUACCCAUCCUCUCUUCACUCCACCUCCACUUCCUGCAGCUCCUACAGCCUAGAAAUCAGCGUAUCCACGACCAAUAACAGUAACAAAGAGUCAAGACCGCUGCCUCUAAAGACACCUCCAGAGAGCAGAGAUGGUCAAAACCAUGAGGCCAAGGCCCCAAGUCCCCUGGGCUAUAAGAAUCCAGUUCCAUCAGUAACAAAAUCAUAUAGACCUUCAGAUCCCAAGCCACUCAAAGAAAAGGAGCAGUUAGCAGAAUUAAAGUUCAUUCAGUGCCUAGAUAAGCAUGGCACUUCUGAGAUUGUAACACCCAAGUGCCCAAGUAUAGACUCUGGACUGGAGAGGACAUUUUUGUCCAGCCCUAGUGGUGAUGGAAAGGUAGGAGCUCAACCAGUGUCAACAAGCCAGCCACCAAAAGCAACUUCCACUCAGGAAGUUGGAAAGCAUGAGAGCUAUGGUUCAGAGAAGCGAGACAGCCAGGAGGAAGAGGGCAUGUUUUAUGCAUUUGUAAUCCUGCAUGCAGAGGAGGACUCCGAAGAAGCUAUGAGACUCAAGUCCAGGUUGGAGUCGAUCUCCUCAACAACUGGAGCGACUUUCUCUGAGGACUUUGCAGUGCCCGGGCAGUCCACCUUCAGGUGUGUGGAGGACGCCAUCGAGAACUCAGCCUUCGUCAUGCUGCUGCUCACAGCAAACUUUAACACUCACCUAAAUGAGACAAACGCAGAUUCUGCACUCAUGAACUCAAUUGAAAAACCACACAAAUACAACACCGUCAUCCCUCUGCUGCCCCGGGCCAAUGGUUUGACUCGUGAUCAAAUGCCCUACGCUUUGAGAACUAAAAACCCACUAGAUGAAAUGAGGGACAGAGACAUUUUUGAAAAGAUGGCCAAAAAGGUCUUGGACUUGAAAAAGAUCCAGAUCCAGAAGACAAUGUGGAGAAAGGCACAACUGGUAAAGAAAGAACGGGAAAAACAGCAGCGGUUGCAGGAGGAGAGACAGUACUGUAAGGACUUGAUUCGAGAGUCUGCAAGGGUCCGAGAGUUAGAGGAGCAAGUACAGCAACUGCAAAUGCAACAGCAACGCCUACCUCCUUAUGCUCACCAGCCCAAUUCAUACCAGGGUUUUCCUGGAAGACCACAGUCGUUUAGUUCCAUGCCUUUCCGAGGCCCAGUUCCGAUGCCUUCAUAUUACAAUGGGAAUACGUGGCAACAACCACCUUCCAACAUCCACAUUCAGAAUGCUAAGUGCAUCAUGAUCGGGAAUAACUCCACCAUGACUGUGGGAGGAGUUGUAGACUCUGGGGAUGAAGAUAACUUCUGAAAACUGAAACACUGCCUUGAAUCACAAAAAUAUGUUCACAUCACUAUGAAUAAUUCACAUCACUAUGAGAUUGGACCUUUAGCUUAUCCAAUGAUUAGGGUUCAUAUAGUGUCAGAUUCAUCAUUACUCCUAGUGUAUGAAUGGACGGUUAUUUCACUGUUGACUUUUUCACAAUACAGAUUAAAAUUGUCCAUUACCAUCUACCAAUUCAUUUUUCAAGUUCCUUACUGCAGUGGUUCUCAUCUUUGUGUUUGGCUGCAACUCCCUUCUUCUGGACUUGCCCUUAAUCAUACUACAGCAGUCUCCAUUUCUCCGCUCAGGGGACAUCGCUGUAAUCCGCUACUUUUGUAAACGUUAUGAUGGUACCGCUGCUGAGACUACUCGUAUGUUCAUAACUUGAUUAUACACAACAAUUUAUCAAACACACAGAAUAACAUGGCAAUGCAGACUAGAACUAAACCCAGCAACUAUCUGGGGGUGUUUUUUGGCUAAGAAGUGCUGUACACUGCCAUGGUAGUUGGAAUUUUAUUUUAUUUUAUUUGUUUGGCUCAUCACACCACUUUUCCUCUCGGCCACUCUCUCUUUCCACUUAUAAGGAUAAUGUGCUAUGUACUGACAGUGUAAAAGAUUUUAUAUGUUUAAUAGGUUUCUAAGAAAAAAGAACAAUUAGGGGAUAUGAGCUUUCUGUUUCCUUUUGGUUUAUAUAUAUGGUGGGUGGGUGUAGUCAAUUUAAUUAAUUCUUUCAUUUUUAUUUUCAUUUCAUUUUUAAAUGGUUGAUUAGUACCAUGAAACUGUGAUAAUGUUUUAAACUAGGUUAUCAUAUUGUGGAAAUUGCAAAUGAUUCAUUAUUGUGAUAAUUAUUGUGUACAGCUGAUGGUCUGGUCAGUAAAAUGAUUACCCAGGACUUCAAUUUUGUGUGCUCUGGCAUUAAAUGAUAUUGUUAUUGUAAAAGAACUUGAAGAACUUAAAGAAAAUUGUAAAAUUUCUCAGAAAUUGAGUGUUUUUUGAAAAAUUCUCAAAUGUCCAUAAACGUAUCACAUACUAAAUACACAGUUUACCUGCAAAUGCAGUACUUAACAGAUGCUUCUUGGACUUGUUUUUGGACAACCAGAAGCAGGAGAUGUACCAGAACAAAGAAAUGAGGAAGAAUGAAUCAGCAUGAAGAACAGAUUAAAUAACUCCACCAUGCCUGUGGCAGGAGGAGGAGGAGACUCUGGGGUUGAAGAUCGCUUCUGAGAUAUGACACUUGAAUCAUAAAUGCAAAUUGGUGCAAUUAUUCAUAUCAAUCAGUUAUUUUCUAUGGAAUUGUGUUUUUCCAAUGAAACAUCUGAUGAUUUUUACCUUCCAUGUUAUAUGUGGAUGAUGGUGUGAUUGUGGUAUCCAGUAUAUCAUCAAUAAAAUGAUUACCUUGCAA